CCAUGGGCGCCGCCGCCUCCAGGAGGAGGGCGUUGAGGAGCGAGGCCAUGUCCUCGGUGGCGGCCAAAGUGCGAGCAGCCCGAGCGUUCGGAGAGUACCUGUCCCAAAGUCACCCUGAGAACCGGAACGGCUCAGACCACCUGCUGGCCGAUGCCUACUCUGGCCAUGACGGGUCUCCUGAAAUGCAGCCAGCCCCCCAGAACAAGCGCCGCCUCUCCCUUGUCUCCAACGGCCGCUAUGAGAGCAGUGUCUCAGAAGAGGGGGUCAGCGGGAAACAGGCCGGCGAGGGCCCCCAGCCCCGCGUGUACACCAUCUCCGGGGAGCCCGCCCUGCUGCCCAGCCCGGAGGCCGAGGCCAUCGAGCUGUCUGUGGUGAAGGGGCACAGGCAGCGGGAGCGGCACUCUCACCACCACAGCCAGCCCCUGCGUGCCAGCCCCGGCAGCAGCCACGAGGACGUGAGCAGGCCCUGCCAGAGCUGGGCGGGCAGUCGCCAGGGCUCCAAGGAAUGUCCCGGCUGCGCCCAGCUGGCCCCCAGCCCCUCUCCUCGGGCCUUUGGCCUGGACCAGCCGCCUGUGCCCGAGGCAUCUGGCCACCACAGGAAGCUGGAGAGGAUGUACAGCGUUGAUGGAGCGUCCGGUGACGGCCCCAUCCGCACCUGGGUCCCCAAGGAGAACCUCUUCAGCUUCCAGGCAGCAACCACAACUAUGCAAGCGGUGUUCAGGGGCUACGCGGAGAGGAAGCGCCGGAAACGAGAGCAUGAUUCCGCGUCUGUAAUCCAGAGGAACUUCCGCAAACACCUGCGCAUGGUCGGCAGCCGGCGGGUGAAGGCCCAGACAUUCGCUGAGCGUCGGGAGCGGAGCUUCAGCCGGUCCUGGAGCGACCCCACCCCAAUGAAAGCCGACACUUCCCACGACUCCCGAGACAGCAGUGACCUGCAGAGUUCACACUGCACGCUGGAGGAAGCCUUUGAGGACCUGGACUGGGAGACGGAGAAGGGGCUGGAGGCCGCGGCCUGCAACACGGAGGGGUUUGUGCCCCCCAAGGUCAUGCUCAUCUCCUCCAAGGUGCCCAAAGCCGAGUACAUCCCCACCAUCAUCCGCAGGGACGACCCCUCCAUCAUCCCCAUCCUCUACGACCACGAGCACGCAACGUUCGAGGACAUCCUGGAGGAGAUAGAGAAGAAGCUGAACACCUACCACAAGGGGGCCAAGAUCUGGAAAAUGCUCAUCUUCUGCCAGGGAGGUCCCGGACACCUCUAUUUGCUCAAGAACAAGGUGGCCACCUUUGCCAAAGUGGAGAAGGAAGAGGACAUGAUCCACUUCUGGAAGCGGCUGAGCCGCUUGAUGAGCAAGGUGAACCCUGAGCCCAACGUCAUCCACGUCAUGGGCUGCUACAUCCUGGGAAACCCCAAUGGAGAAAAGCUGUUCCAGAACCUCAGGACCCUCAUGACCCCCUACAGAGUAAUUUUUGAGUCCCCCCUGGAGCUGUCGGCCCAAGGCAAGGCCAUGAUCGAGACCUACUUCGACUUCCGGCUGUACCGCCUGUGGAAGGGCCGCCAGCACUCAAAGCUGCUGGACUUCGACGGCGUCCUGUGAGGGGCACGGGCCACCGCCAGUCACCGCCAGGCCACUUCUCGGGACCGGGGGAUCUGGGGCUGGGCCGGCCCACAUACCCAGGACCCCGUGGCUCUGCUCUUCCCCAGAGCCGCUUCAGGGACCCUCAGACACUGCUCAGGUUCUCGUGGGGUCUGGUCCUCACUGCACGGACAGGCCACAGAGGCCACAGCCCUGGGGGCCAAGGGGGAUCUUGCCCUGUGGCAGUGACGUUGGGCCGCCAGGCCCCGCCCCGCCCUGCCCUGCCUCGCCUGGAGGCUGCAGCACUGGGAGUCCCCUCCCUGGGGUUCAUAGAAAUAAGUGCAAUUUCCUACACCCCGAACAGUCCAAGGGACGCAGCGUUACUCGUCAGCUAGUCGAGCACCAAGCUACUAGUUCCCACGUAGACAGCUGGCCCAGCGGCCACUGCUGUUCAGCUCCCGUCCCUGCCCUCAGCCCUGCCCUCUCUGAUCACCAGCACCAGGGCAGCCGUGUGUGGUGCCGGCGCCACCGUCAGUGCCAGGUCUGAUCGUCCGCUUUCCUCUUCCUGCCGCCCCCUGCUCACUCUGACCUCAGCCGGCCCAGCAGGGGUGGCCUGGGCAGCAGGAGGGCCAGGCUCGGCUUUGCCCUUUGCAAAGGCUCUGGGGACAGCCCCUCCCCAUCUUUUUGAGCCCACCCAGCUGUCGCGUUGCUGCUGUUGAGUUCAGCUUUGGCAGCCUCGUCUGGAGGCCAAGUCCCAGCACAGGCCAGGGGUGGAUUGGGGGUUCGGCCAGGGGCUGGCCUGGAGGGUGCACACCGUGAGCCCCGUUGCUGGUGGACUGUGGGAGCCCCUGGCUGGGCAGGGCUCGUGUAUAUAACUGGGGCUUGGGGGCAGGCCCCCCUUUCACAGAGCCUGGGGUCCCAGCCCAGGGAAGGGCAAGGGAGGGGGCCGGGCUGUGAACAGUGUACGAUCCCCUUAGAGUGACCAUUAAAGCUGACCCUGCGCUGCG